AACUGACAUUAAUUUUUGAUAGCGGACAGAAUAUUCCGGAUUUCUCGUCAAAACGGUUAAUUGUUGUUAUCACAAGAUUGUAAACUAAAACAAUAUUACUUUCAAACUACAAAAUCUUGCAAUUCUGUGAAUUUAUUUUACGAAAUGGUAGACUACAGCAAAUGGAAAGACAUUGAGAUUUCUGAUGAUGAAGAUGAAACUCAUCCAAAUAUUGAUACACCCUCGCUCUUUCGAUGGAGACAUCAAGCUCGCGUCGAUAGAAUGGAAGAACGAAAACGCGAAAGAGAAGAGCACGAACAGAGAAAAACUGAAAAUUUAAGACGUCUAGCGGAAACUAAGAAAAAAGUCGCUGAAACUGACACAAACAGCCCAAAUUUAGAGUCACUUAAGAAAGAACUGGAACAGCUUGAAAAAGAAGAGAAACAAUUACAAAAGAAAGAUGAGGAAUUGAAAAAGAAGGAAAAGUUAACACCGUGGAAUGUUGAUACUAUAAGCGAACCAGGUUUCAACAAAACUGUCAUCAACACGAAACCACUGCGAUCAAAUAACGACAACUUGACAGAGGAAGAAAAAGAAGAGAAAAUGAAGCAGUUUAUAGAUGAAAAUAUGAAGUUGUUGAAACAGUUUGGGAUGUUGAGGAAGUAUGAAGAUUCCAAGAAGUUUCUGCUAGACCAUAGCCAGUUGGCAUGUGAGGAGACUGCUAAUUAUUUAGUAAUAUGGUGCAUCAACUUAGAAAUGGAAGGGAAACAUGACUUGAUGGCCCAUGUUGCUCACCAGACUAUCUGCAUGCAGUAUAUUCUAGAACUGUCUAAACAGUUGGAUGUGGAUCCAAGAGCUUGUAUAGGGUCAUUCUUCUCUAGGAUUCAAGUUGCCGAGAAAACUUAUAAAGACUCCUUUGAUGAUGAGCUUGAACAAUUCAAAGCAAGGAUAAAGCGACGUGCAGCUGAAAAAAUCCAAGAAGCCCUUCGUGAACAAGAAGAGGAGGAAAGGAAGGCGAGACUAGGUCCUGGAGGCCUGGAUCCUGUUGAAGUUUAUGAAGAACUUCCUGAUGAACUCAAGAAAUGUUUUGAUGCCCAAGAUGUCCCCAUGCUGCAAGCCACAAUUGCUAAAAUGCCAGAACAGGAAGCCAUAUACUAUAUGAAGAGGUGUGUUGAUUCAGGACUCUGGGUCCCAGGCAAAAACGAUGAUGAAGAACCGACAAUGAAAGAAGCAGACUCGACCACAAAGACUAAUGCAAAUUUGUCAUCGAAUGACACCACAGAUGAUGUAGACUGAUUCUAUACAUAAAUAUCCAGUGCUGAAUAGUAUUACCAUACAUUGAACUGACUGCCUAUACACCAUUUGAGCAGAAUAAUUAGAAUAAGCAAUACGAUUUUUUUUUACUAUUUAAAUUACUAACAGAAACAGCAAAUAAUCUAUGGUAUAGAUAGACUAUAAUAUUUGUUUAUUUCAUCUAUUAUACUAUUAUUGAAGUCGUGUUUGUGUUGUGUACAAAGCAUAUACAAUAAAA